CCUCCCCGCUUCCGUCCGUCCGUCCGUCCUUCUGUGAGGGUCGUUGUCCCCGCCGGCCCGUCCGGCCACAGGGGCCGGGGCUACCCGCUCCCCUGAACCAUCCUCGCGGCCGGGGCUGUGUGUGCAUGGGAGUGGGGGGGGAGGUUCUUUAUUGGCCUCGUCCUCCUUCUCUCUCUCCCUCCCCCCUUCUUCCACACUCCACCCAGAAAUGAUCCAGUGAAACUAGGAGGAGGUGAUUCUCCUCCUCCCUCCUGCUGCUGCUCCUGCUGGUCUGGAAGGGACUGCAGGAAUCUGUGCCGUGCUCUGCUCUGAGGCAGGGUCUGGGGAGGGGAGACCGUUCUGUGCGGGGAGGGGGCCGCUGUGACCCGGGGUGCAGCUCUCCCGUGGGGGGCUGCUUGGUUCCCGACCAUGGGGAAGGACCAGGAACUGCUGGAAGCUGCUCGCACUGGGAAUGUGGCUCUGGUGGAGAAACUCCUCUCUGGGAGGAAAGGAGGGAUCCUGGGCAGUGGAUCUGGAGCUAUUCCCUUAUCCAGCUUAUUGAGCAUCUGGCGAGGACCAAACAUAAACUGCACUGACAGUUCAGGUUAUACUGCUUUACAUCAUGCAGCUUUAAAUGGACACAAGGAUAUAGUUCUCAAAUUACUUCAAUAUGAAGCAUCAACUAAUGUAGCAGAUAAUAAAGGUUACUUUCCUAUUCACUUGGCUGCUUGGAGAGGAGAUGUAGAUAUUGUGAAGAUUCUCAUCCAUCAUGGACCAUCACACUCCAGAGUGAAUGAACAGAACAAUGAAAAUGAAACAGCACUGCAUUGUGCAGCACAGUAUGGUCAUUCAGAAGUCGUUGCUGUUCUGCUAGAAGAGCUGACAGACCCCACAAUAAGAAACAACAAGCUGGAAACUCCUCUGGAUCUGGCAGCGCUUUAUGGACGUCUGCGUGUUGUAAAAAUGAUCAUCAAAGCAUAUCCAAAUCUGAUGAACUGUAAUACAAGAAAACACACUCCUCUGCAUCUCGCUGCUCGUAAUGGCCACAAAGCUGUGGUACAGGUGCUUCUGGAGGCUGGAAUGGAUGUCAGCUGCCAAACAGAAAAAGGAAGUGCCCUACAUGAAGCAGCCCUAUUUGGAAAGGUGGAGGUAGUACGCAUUUUGCUUGAAACAGGAAUUGAUACAAACAUAAAAGACAGUUUGGGUAGAACGGUUUUGGAUAUUCUUAAAGAGCAUCCAUCUCAGCAGUCUCUCCAAAUUGCAGCUCUUCUUCAAGAGUAUAUGGAAACAGGAAAUGCAAGUAUUUCAGAGGAACGCCCGCUGGAAUGUGCAGAACAUCAGUCUUGCGUUUUGUCCCCAGAAGCUCCUUCAUCUCCAAAGGCCAAAAGUGAAGCUGUGACUGGAGAAUUAUCAAAGCUCUUAGAUGAAAUCAAAUUGUGCCAAGAAAAGGAAUACUCUUUUGAAGAUCUGUCUCAUACACUAUCAGACCAUUAUCUGGAAAAUUUUAGUAAAGUAUCAGAGGAAGAUCUUAUGACCAGUGGAAGCCAAACCAAGCUUAAUGUAAGGCCUUCUUCGAUGCGUUUAUCACCAAGGGAGGAGGAAGAUGAUGAUGCAGCUGAAAAUACCUGUGGACCUUCUGGUUUAUGGGAGGCACUGACACCUUGUAAUGGAUGCAGGAACCUUGGAUUUCCCAUGCUUGCACAGGAAUCUUACUCAAAGAAGAGAGGUUAUGCAUUGGAAGCAAUAUCUUCUGUACCUCUGGAUGUAGUUCCUUCAGAAAAUGACAGCAGUCUUUGUGAUUCGAUAGACAUAGCAGUCACCAAAAAGCCUUGUUCCCUAGAGAUAGCAAGAGUUCCUUCCUCAAGACCAGAUAAUGCACCUCAGGUAGCAAUUACCGCACCAGGAUCUGGUAACCAUAGAAACAGCUCUACAGGCCCAACACCUGACUGCUCUCCUCCAUCACCAGACACUGCACUUAAAAACAUAGUGAAAGUCAUACGUCCUCAGCCAAAGCAACGUACAUCCAUAGUAUCUUCUCUGGAAUUCCACCGAAUGAAUCACAGCCACAAUUAUUUUGAAAUCAACCCAUCCAUUGGCUGUGCAAGUUUUAUUUCUACUCCUACAAUCAGUCCAGCUAAUUAUUCCUUUGGAUCUCUGGAAUACAGUCUUGAAGAGAAAGAGCUUUCAGAGCAACGUAGCCAGGGUGAAACAUCCACUGAAAGUGAGCUUCCUGAAGGACACCCCGCUGACCAGUUUGCAGGUUUGCUUCAUGGAUCAUCACCUGCCUGUGACCCACCUGAAAAUCCACUCCAGCUGUACAGCAAAGUAAACCUGUGCAGUGGGCCACUAGAGAAAAGCAUUUUGAGCAAGAGCACAGCGCAGCAGAUACAACUACGGAAAGAAAGCAGCUCUGAUCCCCCUGUUAAGAAAAAAAAGCCACCAAUUGUAAACAGAACCAUAUUUCAUACUAAAAAUAAACCAGCAGAAAAUCAUACCCUGGUUGGUGCGCCAAGGAUAAGUGAACAAUGGGUCAUUACCACUGGGGGAUUUGUGGAGAGGGCGUGCACGCUGGGCAGAAUACGAUCUUUACCAAAGACCUUGCUGGAAAUGCAUUUGUGCAAAAAUGUUUCAAAAUCUGAUUCUAAUCUUAUCACCCAUCCACCAAAUGAUAAAAAAGCAAGAAGCAAUUGGAGUGAACCCACACCAAAGCCACAGUGCUCCAAAGGGAAUUCGGAGAGAACACCUUCCUUCACAUCAGAAUGGGAAGAAAUUGAUAAAAUCAUGAGUUCAAUUGAUGCUGGAAUUAAUACUGGACUGGGGGAGAUGAAAGAUCACGCUACAAGACCCCGAUGCCCUGUCCAGACAGUGGGACAAUGGUUGGAAAAUAUUGGGCUACCUCAGUAUGAAAACCACUUGCUGGCUAAUGGAUUUGACAAUGUGCAAUUCAUGGGAAGUAACGUGAUGGAGGACCAGGAUCUCUUGGAAAUAGGAAUCCUUAACUCUGGGCACAGACAGAGAAUACUCCAAGCAAUCCAACUUCUCCCAAAGAUGAAGCAGAUCGGUCAUGAUGGUUACAACCCCUCCUCUGUAGCUGAAUGGCUGGAUUCCAUUGAACUGGGUGACUAUACCAAAUCCUUUCUAAUUAAUGGCUAUACAUCGAUGGACCUUGUGAAAAAAAUAUGGGAGAUUGAAUUAAUUAAUGUCUUAAAAAUUAGCUUGAUUGGCCACCGGAAGCGUGUUCUGGCGUCUUUGGGAGACAGGCUUCACGAAGAUCCUCCUCAGAAACCACCUCGGUCAAUAACCCUCAGGGAACCCAGUGGUAACCACACUCCUCCUCAGUUGUCUCCAUCACUUAGCCAAAGCACUUUCACUACUGGUGGCUCCCUGGACGUUCCCCACAUUAUCAUGCAGGGUGAUGCAAGGAGAAGAAGAAAUGAAAACUAUUUUGAUGAUAUUCCCCGGUCAAAGCUGGAGAGGCAGAUGGCACAGCAGUCUUCGGUCUGUGAGAUCUGGACCAACCAGAAUGCAGGAUAUCCUUUCUCCUCGAUCCAUCAGGUUCAUAAUACUGGAGACUGGGGAGAGCCUUCAAUUACCUUGAGACCUCCAAAUGAAGCCACAGCAUCAACGCCUGUACAAUAUUGGCAACAUCAUCCAGAGAAACUCAUCUUCCAGUCAUGUGAUUAUAAAGCAUUUUAUUUAGGUUCCAUGCUGGUAAAAGAGUUAAGAGGCACAGAGUCAACACAGGAUGCAUGUGCAAAGAUGAGGAAGUCUACAGAACAGAUGAAGAAAGUACCAACCAUUGUCCUGUCUGUCUCUUACAAGGGAGUCAAAUUUAUUGAUGCCACAAAUAAGAAUAUUAUCGCCGAGCAUGAAAUCCGUAACAUUUCCUGCGCUGCACAAGACCCUGAGGACCUUUCUACGUUUGCGUACAUCACUAAAGACUUGAAGACUAAUCACCACUACUGCCACGUAUUCACUGCGUUUGAUGUGAAUUUAGCUUAUGAAAUCAUUCUUACACUAGGACAAGCAUUUGAGGUGGCCUAUCAGCUUGCACUACAAGCACGAAAAGGGGGUCAUUCUUCAACCCUCCCUGAAAGCUUUGAAAACAAACCCUCUAAACCUAUUCCCAAACCACGUGUUAGUAUUCGGAAGUCAGUGAUAGAUCCAUCCGAACAAAAGACUCUUGCGAAUCUACCCUGGAUUGUUGAACCUGGACAAGAGGCCAAAAGAGGCAUUAAUACCAAGUAUGAAACUACAAUUUUCUGAUACAAAACUGUCCCCCUGUUCCUUGUUGUGCCUUGCACGCCAAGCAGUCACAGCACAGCCUUUCCUUUAUGGCAACGUUUCAAUCCAGCAGAGAGGAAGACUGCACUGUAUGAGUGGCCUUGUAAAUAACAAAAAAGGCUGACAGUCAUUUCUGGUGAUCUUCUUCUUCCUGCAGCACUGACAGAAGAAUGACACUAUAUGAAGACUUUUAAAAUUACAGUCCACAAGAGGAGUGAGAAACCUUAUUUUUCAUGCAGUUCUCCCUUGUGACUCUGCCACAGUGCUUUCUUUGAUUUCUUAUUUUAGAAUUCUACUUUUUAAAGAAAAAAAAAACAAAAGGUCUCUAAACUAAUACUAAUGCUGCCUAUGAGUAGAGUAUUUGAUUGGGUUUUUUAUUUAAAUCUUGGCAGUUUUUAAUUGAAAUAGAACCAGAAUUAAUAAAUAGAUUAUUUGUGAAACCACUGAAUUCAUUAAUAAUUAUUGUGUUGAAUAAAGAACUCAUUAAAGUGAUGAGAAAUUAGGCACCCUGAUUUCUGUGUGCGCUGAUUUUAUAUGUAAUCAUUGAUGUCCUUUGAUCCUCUACAAAAAUAAGAACCUCUUGCAUUGUAGCAAAGGAUCAGAGUUUUAUGAAUGGUUAGAAAAAGGUAUUAAUAAUGCACAGAAAACAUUUAUUAGAUAUUUUUAUGGAAGAGAAGUACUAUAGGAAAACAUAUGAAUAUUUAUGGAAGGAAGCCAGAUUAAUUAUGAGAAAUAUUGUUUAUUUUAAAGUUAAGUAAAUGACUGCUAUUGCAGCAUUAUGAAAAUUAUAAGAGUUGUAGCAUCAGUGCACUGGAUGUUCUGUGUGAUCAGUCUGGAAUGAAAGUGGAAUGGUUAUUCUGCUACACCUACAUAUAGUUUAUGCAGUCCAACAUUGCUAUAGCCAUGAAUUCUACUAGUAUUUUUAAAAAAAAUAAUCUCAGUGGUUCUAAACAAAGUCAAAACCAUGGCUUUUGCUAUCAAGAUUUCUGUCUCAGAAAGCUUGUUUGGAAGAGUGUUGAUAAAAUUCUACUGCAAGACAUUUUCUAAAUAAAAACAGCAAGAAAAAGAAAAAAAUUCCAAAGUAAUAAAAAUGUUUUCAUGAAACAAAAUAAUUAAGCAUUUGCUUAAUAUUUGGUUAAAUAAGAUUUACUUACUUUUUCUUUAAAGUGUUUUAAUUUUUUUAAUGUCUGUGGAGUAUUUGUAUAAUACCAUGAUGUAUAUUUAUGUAGAACUGAAAUUAUAACAGUAAAAAUAUCAUUAUAGGAGAAAAAUUACAUUUUAACGUAUAUUGUUCUAUCCAGUCAAAUUGUGAAUCAUUUUGAAGUUCAUUAUAGAGAUAUUGAUAAAUUGUGUGGUUGUCUUAAUGUUUUUUUAAUUAUUAUUUCAUAUCCAGCUGAGGUUUUUCAGUUAGAAUCAUCAGUUGGUAUAUUCCAAAAAAUGGAUAAUUGAACUUGGUUUAAAACUGAUAAUUGUAUAUGGUUUAGUUCAACCUAAUCAUAGCGCUGAGUGAUGACAUCCUUUUAAUACAGUAUUCAAUUUACUUGAACAAAAUAGUUCCUUGUACAUAUUUUUGCUUAUUCACUGUUGAUAUGUACUUAGUCAACUGACAGUAAAAAAAAAAAAUAACACUAAAAAUAUGGUACCAAAAGGAAAAUUGUAUAGGAGAACAGUAAAUAGUAGCCUCACUGCAACAAAUACUUAUGUAAAUAUGCUUGGGCUUCCAGUUAUAAAUUUUGUAAUUUUGUCAUUUAUUUAUAUCCUAUAAAAGCACACAAAAUAAAAGGAAGUUGUACAGUC